AUGAUAGCCGAGAUAAAGAAGCAGGUGACAAUCAGGGACGUGGGGGACGUCGGUGGAGCGGGGGAGGAUGUUGAGGAAGAGCGUGUUGCGGUUCAUGCGCCGAGUGUGAGGCAGCAGAACGGCGACAAUACCCCGUCCGACCACGGCUCUUCAAGCCGUACCACCCCCAUCAUCUCUCCCGUCGACAAGAGUCCCACCAACAGCGACAUAUCCUUUCGGCUCUUGGUCACUUCUCCUACUCUUUCCGAUGGCGACAGUCUCACAUCCCAAGGUGGUUUUCAGAAGGGCGCAGAGAAGCAGGAUGACGAGCAUGGGCCAGGCGCUUUCGGUGUGACACAUGAUGGGACAAGUAAGGAGGAGGGAGAACAACAGGUGGAGCCUGAGAGCAUUCAGCAAAGCAUGAAGAAGCUUGGGUUCCAAGUCGAGCCGAGGGAGCCGAAGGAUGUCAACGAAGCCUCUACAGGGAACGCUGUUGAGUCUCAAUUUUCAUCUUCCCACUCCCUCGUCGCCACCAACUACACAUACGACACCCCUCAAGAAGCAUGGCUCUACACAAAGACCGACCCCACCCUCUCCACGUUCCGCGAACGUUUCCUCGCCAAACGCUACAUCUUCAAAGGCCGAGUAAUCAUGUGGGAACGACCCCUCAUCCUAUACGACUGUCAAAAUGCCGCCAACCGCUUUCUCCACUUUCACUCUCAACUCUCUCAAGGUUCCAAGGACAAGAUUGAGGCUCUGCCGAACAAUUAUCCAAAGCUGGGAGAGUAUGGGAGGUGGUUUGGGAAUUCGGUGUUGUGUGAUAAGCCGAUUAAGGGGAGGAUGUUUGGGGUUUUUGAGAGGGUUAUGAGGGUGCCGAGGAGCUGUGAGCCGAAUGCGCAUUUUGUUUGGGAUGAAGAGCGUUGUGCUGGAUAUAUCAUCGCUGCUGAAGACAUCCCUCGUGACGGCGAGAUAUUCAUCAGAUGGGAUCCACUCUACGUCUAUGACCAAUCUCCCACCCGCCGCGUCGCUCUCAAAGACGUCGGCCACAUUUGCAAGUGCCCCAAAUGCUCCAUGACCCCCACCGACCUCACCAAAGACGACAAACUCCUCGACAGAUACUACCACCUCACCCGAGCCAGCCAAACCAACCACCCCACCAAAGAAGCCGCUUUCACCAACUUUACCCGUCUCCACGAUGCCCACCUCCUCGCUAUAUCCCAAAGCCUCCCCACAGAGCAAGAAAAGCUCAUCGGCAAUAUGAUUCUCUGCUGCGUCAAGUGCGCCGAUUUGGAGAGUGCGCAGGGGUGGUUGGCGUUGCAGAGGGAUGUGGUGUUGCUUUCGAAGGGGGAAGCGUUGGGGAAGCAUUGGGAUUUGGAUAGGGCGGUGAAGGGUGGGAUGUUGAAGAAGGAUCCGCAGUGGGGAACGUUGGGGGAGAUGAAGCUAUCAGGACCGAGGGACGAGGCUAGACAGGCAAGUGCCGAACUGCUUUUCCAAGAUGAUAGCUGA